AUGUGCCGACUCCGCUGGCGCAUCAACGGCGCAUCAAUCUGGCGUCCGCGAAACCGCAGCACCGGGGUCGACGCGCACUCCACGCGACAUUUGAAAACAGGCACCAACUCCUGUGAAUACAGGCGAGACGGCUCGCACCUUUGCACUGAGGUGCGUGACGCUGUAUUCGACGGCCCACUUUGCGUUCACACCAGUUCAGUUCAAAGCUGGAAACUCGCACGAGCGAUGAGAGCAGACUCUGGACGCAGCAGAGACGGUCUCUCAGCAGGAGAGAGACAUUCUGUUGCGGCUUUAGGGUCCGAGCGCGUGAGGCGACUAUGGAAAUACGGAGAGGAUCUUGAGUCAGGAAAAAGGCCAAGGAACUCGGCUCGUCUCCACUCCUGUUGGAAAUACAGGCAGUUUCCAAAUUCUCCUCUUUUUGGAAGCUGUUUGCGAUCGCAUCGGGCAGGGUAA